UACAAAGACUGCUGUUCAACGAUCAUUCACACAGCUCCUAAAUCCUCAGCAAGGAUGCAUGAAUAAAGUCUUUUGCUGUCAGACACAAGUACGCUAACAAUGGAAAGGAUAACUUGUACUGCUUUCAUGCUCCUCAUACAAACAUUCCAAUGCUUGGCUUCGGAUGAUUCACCAUUUCAAUUAACGAACAAGGCCACAGGUUUUUGUUUGGUGAAAACAAAUAACCACUGCAAUGACUUACGCUGGACAACCGGCGAUCGACUCCUGGUCCAGCAGAGGAAUAAGUGCCUGGGAACCCAGGGGAAAAGUGUGGGGAGUGAAAUAAGCCUCUACGACUGUGAUGAAACCAGCGAACUCCAAAAGUGGGAAUGCAGGAACGAAACAGUGCUCGCCCUCAAAGGCCAAGAGCUUUACAUUAACCUCACAGCAGAUAACACAGCCGUUCUCUCCAAGACGACAGGACCCAAUAACCACCUCACCAUUUCAGGGACGUCCAGCGGUGCUUGCACAAGAACGUACAGAGAACUUUUUGCCUUAGGUGGAAAUGCAGCUGGAAAGACCUGCAUGUUUCCCUUUCUGUACAAAGACCAGUGGUACUCAAACUGCACUACAUUUGACUCGUCAGAAAAGCGCCUCUGGUGUGCGGUUGAGACAAAAUAUGAAAGUGAACGCUGGGGCUACUGCCCGACUACAUCCAAAGAACACUGGAAUGUAAACCCAAUAACAAACGUGUAUUACCAGUUGAACACACAGGCAGCUCUGACUUGGCCGCAGGCAGAAAUCAGCUGCAAACAGCAAGGUGCCUCCCUGCUUAGCGUCAAUGAUCCUCAUGAGCAUGCUUAUAUCACAGCACUACUAGGAAGAGGGGGUAAUACACUUUGGAUUGGGCUGUUCCUGGAUUCAGAGCAUGGUUGGAAAUGGAGCAGUGGAAGGCCUUACCGUUAUCUGAAUUGGGACUCAGGGCAUCCACUUCCAAAUCCAGGUCACAAUUGUGCAGUUGUUGAUCCUUCUGUACAGUACUCCUGGCAAAGUUCAUCUUGCAGCAGGAAACUGGGCUAUAUUUGCUCCAGUAAUGGAGCUGAGGAGACUCCCACCCAAACUCCUUGGACAGGAUUUUGCCCAAGUCCAUGGAUUCCCUACAAUGGCCACUGCUUCCAUCUUAACAGAACUGAGAAAACAUGGUCUGAUGCUCAGAAAGGAUGCCGUGGGGUAGGAGGGGACCUUGUGAGCAUCCGCAAUGUGGAGGAUCAAAGUUUUGUCAUCUCUCAACUUGGAUAUGGAUCCACAGAUGAGCUUUGGAUUGGACUAAAUGACAAGAAGACAGAGAGGUUAUUUGAGUGGAGUGACCACUCCAUCGUCAGCUACACUAGCUGGGAAUAUGGAAAACCAACUGUUUUGGGGGAUAUAAAGGACUGUGUUCUCAUCAGAGGGGAGAAUGGAAAUUGGGCCGACCGCGUGUGUGAGGAGAAACAUGGCUUCAUUUGUAUGACAACAAGUGUUUCAACACCCACCGGAGAUGAAGUAGAUCAGGACGUAGGCUGCAAAAAGGGAUGGAGGCGUCAUGGCUCAUACUGCUACUUCAUAGGAAAACAGACCAAAACUUUUGACGAAGCUAAAGACGAUUGCAAGAGCUCGGACUCUUAUUUAGCUGAUGUUUCAACCGGGGUGGAUAAUGCAUUCCUUGUGAGUUUGGUUGGGAGCAGACCAGAGAAACAUUUCUGGCUAGGGCUCUCAAAUCAGGACAAUGCAGAGAAAUUUGUAUGGACCAACACAGAAACAGUAAGAUUUACUCACUGGAAUGCUCAAAUGCCAGGUCACACACAGGGCUGCGUCGCCAUGAAAACUGGGGUUUUUGCUGGCCUUUGGGACGUACUGCCUUGCACCAAUAGGGAAAAAUACAUCUGUAAGCAUCGAGCAGACGGGGCAACUGUAACCCCUGCCCCACCGACUGUCAACCCUCCAGACUGUCCACUGGGGUGGACUCCAUUAAGAUCAAGAAACCAGUGCUAUAAGUUGUUUGGAGAGUAUUCGGAAACAAAGAGGACCUGGUAUGAGGCCAGAAAUUACUGCAGAGCUAUUGGAGGAGACCUGCUCAGCAUCCACAGUGAUGCUGAACAACAAGUUCUACCAGAACGCUAUGAAGUAGUAUGGAUUGGACUAAGUGCCCCUGAUCCCAAUGCUGGUUAUGUAUGGAGUGAUGAGUCUCCACUGAAUUUCCAACACUGGGAGGAAGGAGAACCAAACAAUAAAAAUAAUGUUGAAUCUUGUGCGCAAAUCAAACUACACCGAGGGUCCCAAAGUGGAUCUUGGAACGACGUGCACUGUGAGACAUUCUUAGGAUGGCUCUGCCAGAUUCGCUUAGGAGUGACCCCAAGUCCAUCUCCAAGCCCAGUGACUCCAGACUACAAUAGAACCUCAGAUUGGUGGCUAGAAUGGAAAGGGAAUCAGUAUUAUUUUAACAGAGAUUCAAUGUCCAUGGAGGAAGCUCGCCACUUCUGCCAACAGCGGCACGGUGACUUGGCGACUAUAAACAGUGAAGCUGAAAGUGUCUUUAUCUGGAAACAGAUAUCUGAAGAUUACGGCCAAUAUUGGAUAGGCCUGAUCGUAGAUCUUGAUGGAUCAUUUGCGUGGAUGGAUGAUUCACCAGUUGAGUUUGAAAGGUGGAAUGAAAAUCAACCUGAUUUCAAGAACAAUGAUGAGAAUUGUGUUGCCAUUACUUCUUCAAUGGGAUUCUGGCAUGAUUAUAAUUGUGGCUUGGACUACAGAUCAAUUUGUAAACGCAGUGGCUCACCACCCGCCAAUGCUACUGUAGCACCAACUGUUCCCCCAAAAGGUGGCUGCCCACAAAGCUGGAAAAAAAUUAAUUCAAAGUGUUACAGCAUCAUUAACAACGAGAAGGAGACGUGGGAGGGAGCGAGGACAAAAUGCAAAAGCAUGGGAGGAAAUCUGGCCUCAAUUACCACAAGACAUGUUCAAGUGUUUUUGACAAAUAAAAUGGUUGAAGCGCCUACUACGAACCUAUGGAUUGGUUUACAUAAUACGCAUGAUUCUUCAUACUACUGGACUGAUGGGCAACCAAGGCGAUACAACAAUUGGGGGUUUGAACGAUACACUUCCCAUAUCAUAUAUGGCGAUACUCAAUGGAGGCAUCCAUACGGCCCCCAAAUGACAGAUGAUCUGAUGUCUUAUCCUCACCUUUUGCAUUUGAAUGAAGAGGGAACAUGUGUGGCGAUGACUACUGAUCCCAAAAUUGGUACUGGGAAAUGGAUAAAAAGGUCCUGCAAUGACACCAAUGGAUAUGUCUGUAUGCGAAAUGUUGAUGAAACUUUCCCGGACUCCUCUGAUCCAACUCCUACUGGCUAUGUCAGUAUAUUCAAUGACUCCAUCAAGGUUGUUACUCAACAAAUGAACUGGUAUGCAGCCCAGAAGAACUGCGAAUAUGAUGGCGCCAACCUGGCAAGUCUGCGUACUGAGGGGGCACAGGUCUAUGUCGAGCUGAUGGCUUUGGAUCUGAAAGCUCCUAUGUGGAUUGGACUGAACAGAAACAUGACUGGUGGAUAUUUCAGAUAUGUUGCUGGUUGGAGUAUGACCAUAUCAAACUGGGAUAUAUUUGAGCCAAGAAUGGGCAAUCCUUGCGUGUAUGUGGAUGAGGAUGGAAAAUGGAAGACAGCUGACUGCAGUCAGAACAUGACCAGUGUUUGCAUGAAGUCAGCAGAUGUCCCUCCAACUCAAUCGACUGAGUUCCCAGGAAUCUGCCCUGAAGACACAGAAAGCCCCAGAUACGCAAUCCAGGAAAAUAGCUGGAUACCAUUUAGGGGUUACUGUUACCUCUUUAUUACACAAAGGAUUGAGUGGCCAGAUGCAUCUGCUAGCUGUGCAAGACACGGUGGAACUCUUGCCAGCAUUGAAACUCCAGAGGAGCAAAAUUUCAUUGAAAGCAAUGUGAACAUGUAUAAAGACAGUCAGCCCACUUUCUGGAUUGGCCUGUACAAAACUCACAAAGGCUCGUGGAAAUGGUUGGAUAAAACAGUCAUGGACUACAAUAACUGGGGUCCAGGUCAGCCUGACAGCAAUUAUGGAACCUAUGCAGCAAUUACAACUUUAGACGGAAGAUGGAGGAUAGGCAACCGUUGGCAUGACAGAGGGUAUAUUUGUAAAACACACAAAGUGCUAAAACAAAUUCCACCAAAGCCUGGGGUUUCUAAGGAGGACUCUCAAACACGUGGCCACAUCAUUUUGGCUGUGGUACUUGUGAUUGCCGUGAUUGCUAUAGGCACAGUCACCGUCCUCUUUUUCUUGAAGAAAUCGGGAGUCCGAAUAGCUAUUCCAGAAAAGUUAACAACCUUUGACAACCCACUCUUCUUCAGCAAUGAGCGGCACCAGGCUGGUCAGGUGGACACCAAUAAACUGGUCGGAAAUGCAGAGGAGGAUGACUCUGGCACUGUUAGAACUGUUUAAUGUAAAUACACACAGAAAAUAGUGUUUCCUUGUUUGAACAUACGGUGAAAUGUUUCAUUUAACAAUAAUAUGUCAGUCUAUGUCUAUGAAGAAGAGACAGCGUUGUGUUGGGAUUUUUGCAUUUGCUCCAUUAUUUCAGUUGUACUUGUUGGUUUUAAAUAAGGCAAAAAUGUAAAAAAAAAUUGUAAGAUGGAAGAAUUAAAACUUCUUUAUAAAAAGGUGUUCUGAGUAACACAGUCAUGCAAUGUGAAUGUUACGUUUGGCUUUUGCUUGUGCUAAUCUACACUUAGCUUAAAAGGGCAUUGCUUCUGGUAGCAUCUUGAGUACUUACACAUUUAGUCCACUGCUUUUUUAUCCACUACAUUUAUUUGCUGUUUGUGAUUCUACUUAUUGUUAAAUGACUUACAUAAUUUCACUUACAUGUUAAUAAUUAAUUCAUUUAGAGAAAUAUCUAAGUCCAGGCAUCGUGAAAAAAAAAAAUGCAAUAGAAAUAAUUAUAUUUUUGGAAACAUCCACUCUCUCCUAACCGCUCUAUUUUAAAGGGUAUCUUUAGCUUGCUAAUUGUGUUACUUGGAUGUUAAGUUGAUAGGUUGAUCAUUUGAGAAAUGAUCUCAGUUAUAUAUCAAUAGCCGCUUUCACAACUUUGUUGUGGCAUGUCUGGUGUUGGAGAGGCGUGUUUAACUUGAAAAAUUACCAUUGAAAGAAACACAGAAAUUUAAGAAAUAAAGGACAUUGUGAUUUACUGAGAAA